UAGAUUCCCACUUUUUAUUUAUCUAUUUUUUUUCCCAAUUCAAUGAGGUCAUUCUUUUGGUGGGUUCCUCCUCUCCAUUCUGGAAUUUGUUGGGGGGGUUCUGUCUUUACAAAAUUUCUUCAGUACCUGCAAAAAAUUAUUGCUUCCUACUCUGGCAAAUUGAGCAACUUACUUGGCAAAUCAAAAGCUACCUCAAGAAAUCUUAAAGUGGUAUUGCAUGACUUUCCGGGAGGAGCAGAGAGUUUUGAGCUCAUUUCAAGGUUCUGCUACAACCAUGGCAGCACCGACAUAACUCCUUCCAAUAUUUCCCUCCUAUAUUGUGCUGCACAGUUCAUGGAAAUGAACAAUUCUGUCACUGGAACACAUAAUUUAUUGGAAAAAUCAGAGAAGUCAUUUGAAGAGAUCAGAUAUUGGACAUGGUCUGAGCUUUUAAUGGCUUUGAAGCAGUGCCAAGAUUUACUACCAGCUGCUAAUUCUCUAAGCCUACUCGAGAAAUGCUUGGAUACCCUUGUUGCAAGAUUGCCUUUGACAAGCGAAGCGAGUCCUUGUCCUUCCACUUCAUCCCCAGAUAGCUCUGGUAUUCGGUUUUCAUGUGACACUCGAAGCACUGAGAGUUUGAAAACUAGCUCAUCCCGGGCAACCUGGUGGUUUGAGGAUCUUCUAGUUUUAGGUCCAAAUUUGGUUGAAAUGCUGGUCAAGUCCAUGAUUUCUCGAAAACUUGAUCAUGUUAUCAUUAGUAGGUUCCUCUUUUAUUACCAGAAAUCGAAGUUUUACACUGUCAAAUCUGAUGCCAAGCGCACCUUUGUGGAAACAGUCAUUGAUAUGCUGUAUAUUCUUGAUCAGAGCUGUGUUUCUUGCAAGAGUUUAUUUGGGAUUCUUCGAGUUGCUCUGAAUUUGAAUAUAAACAAAAGUAGCAGGAAUAAGUUGGAGAGCAUGAUUGGUUCACAGCUUGAUCAAGCAAUAUUAGACAAUUUGCUUGUUCCAUCCCCACGCGGGAUCAAUUACUUGUAUGAUGUCAAUCUUGUUCUAAGGUUAUUGAAAUCAUUUCUGAGUGGAGGAAUCUGUCAAGCAUCGCCCACGCGAUUGAGGAGAGUUGCUGCCUUGGUGGAUUUGUAUAUGGCAGAAGUAGCCCCAGAUCCUUGUCUGAAGCCUUCGAAGUUUGUGGCUUUAGCCAUGGUCAUGCCGGAUUCUGCCAGAGACUCCUAUGAUGAACUUUACCAUGCCAUGGACAUGUAUAUAGAGGUGCAUGCAGGAUUGUCAGAAGAGGAAAAGAUGAAAAUUUGUUGUGUGUUGAACUAUGAGAAGCUCUCAGCACAGACUUGCAUACACAUUUCUCAGAAUAAAAAGUUUCCGUCAAAAGCAGCAGUCCAAGCUCUCGUCUCUCAGCAAUUGAAGCUUAAAAGCUUACUCCAUGCAACCAACAAUUCUAAGUCCUACGCUGACUCCCCUUGUAGUGCCGCCGAGGUUGGAAAUGCGGGAAGGAAAUUCGAUGCCAAUGAACAACUUGUGCUUUACGCCAGGAAACUCGAUCUCGCAGCUGACAAUGUGAAACUUAGAGCACAUUUGCAAGGCAUGCAGUGCAGGGUAAUGGAAUUGGAGAAACUGUGCAAGAAAUUGCAAACUCAAAUGGCAACGUUUACAAAAUCAAGAGUAUCAAGCCACAGUCAUGCAAGAUCUGUGCCCAAACUCUGUUCAUGAUAGAAGUUGAGCAUUUUAUUCCAUUAGUUUUUAAGUAUUAUCUCAUCUCUGUAUAGCGCAAGGAAAGGGGUUUUUGUGUUUGCUACAGAUUUUUCUUUCUUUGCUGGAUAACUAAAGGUGAAAAGCAAGUUGUUUCACUUGCAAAGAUUGAGGAAAUCUUUGGUUGUACAGUUACAGAAAGAGAAUUUCUGUUGAGUAACUUUUUCUUUUAAUGAAAUGUCCCUGUUUAUUUCAUGUAGUGCUCUUGGUACAAGAUAGGAUUUCAAGGUUAAGUCAUUUUCCCCAGUCACUCUCACAUUUGGGGCCAUUCUGGAAUGCAAGCUGGCAGGCAUAUUUUCUGCAU